AUGCCGUUUUUCCAGCUAGACGUGGAUGCACAGUAUCGAUUACUCAGCCUGCAGAGUGAGGGACGCCUUGAGCUAGUGAAUUUUCACGCGCUAGUAUUUAUGCUAGUGUGGUCAUUUGUAAUGACCACGGUGACUGAUCCGGGCCACAUACCUGACACCUGGAAGGCCGACGCUACGUCUAUGUAUAGCUGUAAGGAACGCAAGGAAAAUGGUGAAUUCAGGUACUGCCAAUACGAAGCCUGCUACAAGCCAGACCGUGCACACUACUGUCGUCAACUUGGCAGAAAUGUACUGAAAAUGGAUCACUACUGCCCAUGGGUCUCUAACUGCAUUGGUUUCUAUAACUACAAAUUCUUUUUUCUGACGUUAUUUUACGCAAACACAACCAGUUGUUAUAUACUACGCAACGUCUGCAGCGCGUUCUUUACUGUUUACAUCGACCCCAACGCGUCCUUCAAUCAUUUAUUCUAUUUAGCGCUGAUAGGCACCCUUCUGGUAGUGAUUACGGCGGUGCUACUACCAUUCAUGUGCUUCCAUUUAUGGCUGAUUUCGAUAAACAAGACUACCAUUGAGUUCUGCGAAUUUGAAGCAUCGCGGUCGUACAACUAUAAUCUUGGCACGCUGGAAAACUACAGAAGUGUCUUUGGAAGCAACCCACUGUUUUGGCUUAUGCCAUACGGGUACCCUAUCGGUGACGGUAUCCAUUAUCCAGGUGCGUCCAUAGCAACCACCAAUUUAUUAUCCAACAGACGGCAUCAAGUACCACAACUUCGUAGGGAUAUAAAGCCAAUGAUGGGGGAAAAGGACGCAUUAUUUGUGUCACCGGAUGAUAAAAGCAGCAUCCCCAUAGAUGUGUCUACACAGGAUCGCGAAGCGUUUGAAUCGCAGUAUGUACAUGACACUUACAACAUCAUCGCACCUCAUUUCUCUCAUACUAGAUACAAUCCGUGGCCCGGCGUUGUGAAAUAUAUACGGGCAGCCAAACACCACUCAAUCGUACUUGACGUUGGCUGCGGUAAUGGCAAAUAUCUGGAACUUCGCAGAGAUUUGCUGUUCGUUGGCGCCGACCGCUGCAUGGGAUUGCUGGAAAUUGCGUAUCAGAACAAGAAGUCGAACUUAGUCUGCUGCGAUUGUUUAAGUUUGCCGUUCCAAUCAAACAUAGCGGACCUUACGCUGUCAAUCGCCGUCAUACAUCAUUUACCAUAUCCAGAACAACGCCGCGCGGCGGUUAACGAAAUGUUACGCUGUACUAAGAGCGGUGGCACGCUAGUAAUUUAUGUAUGGGCACGCGAACAACAAAGAUGCACUGUAGGUUACCGUAAAUUCGAGUCAGGAGAUGUAUUGGUCCCAUGGCACGUGCAGGAAAAAUACCGCAAAAGCAAUGCCGUGGAGGCACCAGGCACCGUUCCGUCUAACGGCGUGAAGGUGUAUCGGUUCUAUCACGUUUUCACCCUUGACGAGGUGAGGCAACUAGGCGCAUCGUUCAGCGAUGUAGCGACUGUGGACUCGGUCGAGUUUGAGGCCAACAACUGGAUUCUCACGUUAAUUAAACUUUGA